GCGUGUGUGUGUGUGUGUGUCGUCCCCAGUGAACAUGACCUGGGCGAGGACGACAUCUACGACUGUGUGCCGUGUGACGACGAUGGCGAUGACAUCUAUGAAGACAUCAUUAAGGUGGAAGUACGACAACCCAUGAUCAGAUACAUGCAGAAAAUGGGAAUGACAGAAGACGACAAGAGAAACUGUUGUUUGGUCGAGAUUCAAGAAACUGAAGCAAAGUAUUACAAGACGUUAGAAGACGUGGAGAAGAAUUAUAUGAUUCCACUCAGGCUGGUCUUGAAUCCACAGGACAUGGACGCCAUUUUUGUCAACCUUGAGGAUGUGAUCAGAGUCCACUUUGCCCUUCUGCGAGCCAUCGAUCUGAACAUGGUGACCGGAGGAAGUGGUCUGGGCAAGAUUUUCCUCGACUUCAAAGAAAGGUUGUUGAUCUACGGUCAGUACUGCAGUCACAUGGAAAACGCUCAGAAGACACUGGACGAGUUAAUAGCGACGCGAGACGACGUCAGGAUCAAAGUCGAGGAAUGUACCUUGAAAGUCCAGGAGGGAAAAUUCAAGCUGCAGGAUCUGCUGGUGGUUCCAAUGCAGAGGGUUUUAAAGUAUCACCUACUACUGAAGGAACUUUUAAGUCACUCCACUGACCGACCGGAGAGACAACAGCUGAAGGAGGCACUGGCAGCUAUGCAGGAUCUGGCCAUGUACAUCAACGAAGUGAAACGCGACAACGAGACACUGAAGAAAAUCAGCGAAUUCCAAAGUUCUAUUGAAAACCUUCAGCAGGUGAAACUGGAGGAGUACGGGAGGCCGAAGAUCGACGGAGAGCUGAAGGUUUCUUCCAUCGUCAACAGAACCAAACAGGACCGGUAUAUUUUCCUCUUUGAUAAAGUGGUGAUUGUCUGCAAGAGGAAAGGUUAUAGUUACGAGCUGAAAGAAAUCAUCGAGCUGCAGUCGUACAAAAUGUCCGACGACCCCAUGAACAACAGAGACGUGAAGAAGUCGAGUGGAAAAAUGUGGUCGUACGGCUUCUACCUGAUCCACCUGCAGGGGAAACAAGGCUUUCAGUUCUUCUGUAAGACUGAGGACACAAAGAGGAAGUGGAUGGAGCAGUUUGACAUGGCCAUAUCCAACAUUAAACCAGAGAGAGCCACAGCCAAUCAGCACAACUUCCAGAUGCACACGUUUGAUCAGAACACCAACUGUCGAGCCUGUAAAAUGCUGCUGAGGGGGAUCUUCUAUCAGGGUUAUUUCUGCUCUCGCUGUGGAACAGGAGCUCAUAAAGAGUGUCUGGAAAUCAUCACCAUCUGUAAAAUCAAUCCUCAUGACUCGGAACCUGGGAUGUCGUCAGGUCCUAAGAUGGUGGCCGUGAGGAAUUACCACGGCACGCCGGCGCCGCCGGGGAAAACUGCGCUGUGCUUUCAGACGGGAGACUUCAUCGAGCUGCUGAAGGGAGAUCCUGACACCACGUGGUGGGAGGGGAAACUGAUACAAACACAGAAGAGCGGCUUCUUCCCCAGCUCGUGUGUAAAACCUUGUCUGGACCCAAAGGUUUGUCAUUAAAUACACAAACAACAGUAAAUAAUCUGUC